AUGCAUGCGCUAAAGGUGCUGCUGAAGCACGAGAGCAACUGCAGCAGCAGCGACAGCAGCAGCAGCGACGGCAGCAGCAACGGCAGCAGCAGCAACGGCAGCAGCAGCAGCAGGGACAGCAGCAGCAACGACAGCAGCAGCAGCAGCAACAGCAGCAGCAGAGGAAGAUUAGUUGCUGCAGCACUGGAGGAUAUUGUAUGGCCUGCUGUGGAGCAGCAGCUGGCUGCUGCUGUAGCAGCAACAGCAGCAGCAGCAGCAGACCCUAUAGCAGCAGCAGCAGCAGCAGCAGCAGAACGUGUUGGUGCUGCUCUAACCCCAGCAGAAAACUAUCUCGUGGGGCUGCUGCAGGGGGUUGCUAGGCUGCUGCACCUAAACCCUAGCGCAUGCAGUGAGAGGAGGCCGUUGCUGCAGCAGCUGCUGCAGCAGCUGCUGCGGCAUACAUUUGCUGUUGCUGCUGUCGAAGGCUGCUACUCUUCUGCUGUUGCUUGCUGCGGCAGCAGCAGCAGCAGCAGCAGCAGCAGCACUGCAGCAGUACGCUUCCUUCAUAUCGCUGCACCCGAAGGGAUUGCUGCCUCCUCAAAUAUCCUGGUGUGGCGGCCAGCAGCAGCAUGCAUAGCAGCGCUAGCGUUUAUGCCGUCGACGGAGGGGCUGCAGCAGCUGCUGCUGUCUUUGCUGCUGCCUUGCAGCAGCAGCAGCAGCAGCAGCAGCAGCUGCAGCAGCAGCUGCAGCACGGACCCGCAGCAGCAGCUGCUGCAGCGGCUGCUGGCGCUGCAGUCUCCGUUGUAUGCAGCACCACUAAGCUCUUUGUUUAAUAGGUUUCCUGCUGCUGCUGCUGCUGCUUUGCUGCUGCCUCUUCUAUCAGAGGAGGGGCAUAUUAUGCUGCAGCAGCAGCAGCAGCAGCAGCAGCAGCAGCAGCAUACACUGCAGUACUGCAGCGUGAGAGAGGCAUUCCUUGAGGUGCUGCUGCAGCACUUACAAAUUACCUCCGCUCGGCCUUUACGGCUGGCUGUGCUGCGUAUGCUGCCCGAGAUGAAGCUGGCGCUGCGGUAUGAAUUAGAUAGCUGGACGAGCGGCAGCAGCAGCAGCAGCAGCAGCAGCAGCAGCAGCAGCAGCAGCGAGAGUUUGCGUUUUGCUGCUGUAGCAGCAACAAAAGUAUGCUACGCGCUGCAGCAAGCUCACCCGGAUUUAAUAUUUAUAGAUUUUUUGAUGUGUUCAAGCCUGCAGCAGCAGCAGCAGCAGCAGCAGCAGCGGCUGCAGCAGCAGCAGCAGCAGCUGCAGCAGCUGCAUCAACCCCUUGUUGAGUUGUUUUGUGAAUAUCUCGAUGCUGUUUCUGACGGUGUCUCAUCUGUUUCUCAGCAGGCUGUGUCUGCAGCACGAGCAGCAGCAGCAGCAGCAGCAGCAGCAGCAGCAAGUGGUGCAUCUGGUUCAGAGAGAACAGCAGCAGCAGCAGCAGCAGCACUUGCUGCAGCAGAAGAUCACCAGCUGCAAGAAACAGAUAGAGAAGAGCUGCUGCUGCAGGCGAAGCAGCUAACUGCUUUCCUUCAUUUUGGGGUGUCUAGGCAGCUCAGGGGAAAGACAGAUGCAUAUCUGCUGGGGUGGCUGCAGCGGCAGCAGCAGCGGGCGGUGCAGCAGCAGCCGCAGCAAGACCAAGACAACGACCAGCAGCAGCAGCAGCAGCAGCAGCAGCAGCAGCAGCAGCAGGAGGGGGAGGGGGAGAAAGAGCAGCAGACAGAUGAAGAGGUUGCGAUGACACCGGAAGCUUUUGUUGAGCUGAUGCAGCAGCAGCAGCAGCAGAUGCAGCAGCAAACCCUUGCUGUUAUUCGUUCUCUCGUUCGCUGCUGCAGCAUAGGCAGCACAGUUUAUAGAUUCUCAUUCAUACCGUUGCUGCUGCAGCAGCAGAUACUGCCGCAGCUGCUGCUGCGACAGAAGCAGCGGCUGCUGAUGACCUCCUUUGCCGAGCUGGAGGUUGCUGCAGUAUCAGCAGCAGCAACAGCAGCAGCAUCAUCAUCAACACCUGCUGCUGCACCCGUCAAGGCGCUGCAGCUCUCCAUGGUCAUCGAGCUGCUGGUGCAGCCGGUGCUGCGUUGCUGCUGCAGCAGCAGCAGCAGCAGCAGCAAACCCUUCUGCUGCACCCGUCAAGGCGCUGCAGCUCUCCAUGUCUCAGAGCAACAGCAGGAGCAGCAGCAGCAGCAGCAGCAGCAGAAGCAGCAGCAGCAGCAGCAGCAGCAGCAGCAGCAACGACAGCAGCAACGCAGAGCAGCAAUGUCAAGGCGACAGCAUAGCAGUGCAGCACAUGGCUUGCUGUACGACACCAAAGCAAGGCAGCAGCUCGUUGCUUUUGCCUGGCGCACAGCGUGUCAAGGCGACAGCAUAGCAGUGCAGCACAUGGCUGUGCUGCUGCUGGCUGAGGUGUCUAGACACCUGGAGCUGCAGCAGCAGCGGCUGCCGCUGCUGCUGCUGCAGCAAGCUCUCUCGUGUCAGGCAUCCCCGCGGCCGCAGCUGCUGCGGCGUGCUGCUGGUUUGCUGCUGCAGCAGCUAAUCUCUCUCCCUUCAAUGCUGCUGCCGCUGCAGCUUGAUCCCGGCAGCAACAACAACAGCAGCAGCAGCAGCAGCAACAGCAGCAUGAGCAGCAUGAGCAGCAGCAGCAGCAGCAGCAACGUACGUAUGGCCCCCGCUUGGCUGCGUUUGCUGCUGCGAGCUUCUGGAGAUAUCCCGCUGCUGCAGUUUCUGCGGCUGGCGCAGCAGCACGAGCAGCUUUUGUUUUUUUAUCGUCGAUCUGUGUCUGCGUUGCUGCUGGGUGCAGCACAGCAGCUGCUGCAUGUCAGCAGCAGCAGCAGCAGCAGCAGCAGCAGCAACGCAGCAGCAGCAAAAACUGAUGGAAAAAAACACGUACUCGAAAUCCUAGAUAUUUUCAUCACCUGGGAGAGAAGGGCUGUGCUGCUGCAGCUGCUGAGCAGCAGCAAACGCAGCAGCAGCAGCAACAUAGCUGCUGCAGUAGAAGCAGCAGAGAAGCGCCGCAGGCUUGAAGGUGGCCAGCAGCAGCAGCAGCAGCAACAGCAGCAGCAGCAGCAGCAGCAACAGCAAGACGAUAUCCUUGUAGACCUUCCUGCUGCAUUAGCUCUGUGCAGAGAGCAGCUGGAGAACCAGCAGCAGCAGCAGCAGCAGCAGCAGCAACAGCAGCAGCAGCAGCCGCAGCAGCAGCAGCAGCAACAGCAGCAGCAGCAGAGGGAGCUGCGGCUGCUGCAGCAUAUGAGUCAGUUAGUAUACGACAGCAGCGCAGCAAUAGCGCAGCAGCUACACAUAGACAUGCAGCAGCAGCUGCAGCAGCAAGACUGGUGCAGCAGCAGCACGGAAUGUAAUCUCGUUAUGCUGCUGCUGCUGCGCUGCUUAGCAACAAACCCUAAAGACCCAGCAGCAGCAGGUGCUGCUGCUGCUGGUGCUGUUGCUGCUCUGCCGAAGCUCGCGCUGCUGCUGCAGCUACACCCCCAAACACCGCUGCCGCUGCAGCUCGUUUCAAGGCUCUGUCAGCAGGCAAGUUACGAGGGUUUAGGGUUUAGGGCGUACACGGAGCCCGCAUCAGCAGCAGUUGCAGCAGCAGGGCAGCAGCAGCUGCCUUUGGUUGAGCUGCAUGCUGCUCAGGAGCAGCAGCAGCAGCCGCAGCAGCAGCAGCAGCUGCUGGUGGCUCUGGCAGCAGCACAUGUUGCUGUUGAGAAUAGGGGUCACCUAGCAGCAAAGCUGGUGCUGCUGCACCGUCCCUCAGCAGCCUAUCUUGCUGCUGCUGCUGCUGGAUCCAAGGCCUUUGCUGCUUGGCGCAGCAGCAGCAGCAGCAGCAGCAACAGCAGCAGCAGCAGCAGCAGCAGCAGCAGCAGCAGCAACUGGUGGAGCUUGCCCCCUGCGCAGCACCUAAACCCUGAAGACCUUCUCUAUGAGCGAAUCGUUGCAGCCAUCGCAACGGGGUUGCGGUCUCUCUCGAACCCUAAAGAGCGUUUGCUGCUGCCAGGGGAGGGCUGUGAAAUUAUAAGUGUUCCGCGUUCCGGUGAGAAUGGCAGCAGCGGUGGCUCUGUUGCGGGGGCUGAGCAGCAGCAGCAGCAGCAGCAGCAGCAGCAGCAGGAUGAGGUGUAUGUACACCUGCGGCUGCUGUUCCCGCUGCUGCACGAAGCUGCAGCAGACAUCGCCAGAGGGGUAGCAGCAACAAUCUCACACAGACGGCCCUCAGUAUCUGACGCUCAGCUCCGUGCAGGAGACAGCGCUACAGCAGCAGGAGACGCAUCUGCAACAGCAGCAGCAGCAGCUGCUGCUGCUGCUCCUCUGAAUGCAGCAGCAGAAAAAGCUGCGCUGCUGCAGUCGCUGCACCGAGCCUUUGCUGCUUGCUGCUCCCCGCUGCACCCCCUGGCGUUGGGGUGUCUAGACACUGCAGCACGUCUGGCUCUGGGUCCUUUCUUUGCUCAGCCGCAGCAGCAGCAGCAGCAGCAGCAGCAGCAGCAGCAGCAGCAGCAGCAGCAGCAGCAGCAGCAGCAGCAGCAGCGGUGUCGUUGCUGUAAGAGACGUGCUGCUGCUGCUGCUGCUGUUGCUAGACUUGCUGCUGUACCUGGGGCCAGCUGGAACGCAUGCAGAGGCAGCAGCUACGCAGCACAGCAGCAGCAGCACCAACGAGACCUGCUGCAGCUAGAGGAGCUGCAGCUGCUGCGGCUCGAAAUAAAUAGAAGGAGAAACAGAAACAGCAGCAGCAGCAGCAGCAGCAGCAGCAGCAGCAGCAGCAGCAGUGAAUUAGAAGCGCUUGAACAGGAAGCAGAAGCUGCUGCUCGUGCUGCUGCUGCAGCACGAGAGCAUGCAGAGGCGGAGCAGCAGGUGCGCAGCAAGCGGCGUCUCAGCAGCAGCAGCAGCAGCAGCAACAGAUACAGCGACAUAGAUCCAGCAGCAGCAGCAGCAGCAGCAGCAGCAGAAGAUAUAUCUAUAGACAACGAAGAAACUCGUGCUGCUGCUGAGCAGGAUUUAUACUGUAUCCCUUUUGCUGCAGCAGCAGACCCACCAACAGAAGAGCAGCAGCAGCAGCAGCUGCAGCAGCUACACAACUGGGAAGAAACUCUAUGGGGUGCGUUUGCUGCUGCAGCACCACCGCAGCAGCAGCAGCUCAAGAAGCAGCAGCUGCGGCGCCUACCUACUUUAUAUAAAAGUCUAAGAGACAUGGGGGUGUAUGAAACAGAGAAUGAAAGCUGCUGCUGCAGCAGCAGCAGCAGCAGCAGCAGCAGCAGCAGCAUUGUUUACUGUGGAGGAGCUGCAGCUGCUGCUGGGGGCCCUCUCCCCCCUCGCGAUGCACCGCAGCUCUGA